AUGCGCAACCUAGGCACAGCUCUAAUCGCCCUGGCCUCACUCCUCGCAACACCAGGGACAUGCGCAAACCAACCACCCGGCAAAAACGCAAUUCUCCUCUCCAACGUCCAAGCCUUAACUCUCCGCGCCAAUCGCGACACAACAUCCCGCCGCGUCUCCGCCGCCCCCCAACUAAAAUGCAUCGGCCACGAGAAGAUCUGCGCCCUCUACGAAAUCGAAACAAUGCGCUGCAAAAAUGAAGGCUACGACUACGACGAGGAAGAUAUCCAGUGGACCUGCACGGCGCCCCUUCCGUCGGAAUUCAAGCUCGGCUCCACGGACGUUAUUUGCGAGGGGUAUCGGAAUUCCGACGAUCCGUGGGUGUUGAAGGGGAGCUGUGGUGUUGAGUAUCGAAUGCUUUUGACAGAUGAGGGGGAGGAGAGAUUUGGGAAGGAGGUUUAUCGUUCUGGAAGUGUGACGAAGAAGGACACGGUUACGGUGAUCUUUUGGGUGCUCUUUAUUGGCGUGUUGGUUUUUAUCGUUGCUGCGGCUUGUCGGAGUGAUACUCCAGUGGCUAGGGAGCAACGACGACGUCGAUGGGGGUGGGGAGGUGGUGGAGGAGGAGGAGGGGAUGAUGGUUAUUAUCCACCUCCGCCGCCUUACAGUAGUAGUGACUGUUCCUCUGGUCAGAGUCAAGGGUGGAGACCUGGUUUUUGGUCUGGUCUUGGGGCCGGUGGAGCGGCGGGAUAUCAGAUGGGAAGGAACAGUGCUCGUGGGAGCCAGCGAGAUUCUUCUAGGUAUAACGAUCCUGGAGAGGGUAGUUCGCGGCGUUCAGCGACGCCCUCGUUCUCGACGACCACGACUGGGACAGGGUUUGGAUCAACUCGGCGCAGAUAG